AGCUCUGCCAUCAAGGAAGACAGCACAAGACAAGGACCCACCCAUGGACCCUUCCCUGGACAGUCCAACAGCACCAGUGGGGAUGCUCUCCUAAGUCGCACAAAGCCUGGGCACACCAUCCAUCCUUCGGGAAGAGUCAUGGUGUUAAAGAGGGGUGGGGGCUGUUCCCAGCAGUGGCCUGGCCAGGGAAGGGGGGAUGUUUGCACAGGCCCCCUAGGCAUGCUCGGAGCUGCCCUGCUGCUCAUCAGCCUGCCAUGGGGGACCCAAGGGACAGCCAGUGCUAACCUCAGCACAGCUCUGGGCCACACUGUGCCACUGACAGGAGGUCGCUACUUGAGCAUUGGGGAUGGCUCUGUGAUGGAGUUCGAGUUUCCUGAGGAGAGUGAGGGCAUCAUCGUGAUCUCAAGCCAGUACCCAGGCCAGGCCAAUGGGAGGGGGCCCGGCCCCACACUGAGGGUCAUAUCCCUGGACACAGAGGUGCUGACCAUCAAGAAUCUCAUGGAUCCCCAUGAGGCCCCACCCAUGCUGAUCGAGGAGCGGAGAGAUUUCUGCAUCAAGGUGUCACCUGCUGAAGACACCCCUGCCACCCUUAGCACCGACCUGGCCCACUUCUCGGAGAACCCAAUACUCUACCUGCUCCUGCCUCUUAUGUUUGUUAACAAGUGUUCGUUUGGGUGCAAAGUGGAACUUGAGGUUCUGAAGGGGCUCGUGCAGAGCCCCCAGCCCAUGCUGCUGGGCCUCCUAGGCCAGUUUCUGGUCAUGCCCUUCUAUGCUUUCCUGAUGGCCAAGGUCUUCAUGCUGCCCAAGGCCUUGGCUCUGGGCCUCAUCAUCACCUGCUCGUCACCGGGUGGUGGGGGGAGCUACCUCUUCAGCCUCCUUCUUGGAGGGGAUGUCACCCUGGCCAUCUCCAUGACUUUUAUCUCUACAGUGGCUGCCACCGGUUUCCUGCCACUGUCCUCAGCCAUCUAUAGCCACCUGCUCAGCAUCCAUGAAACACUCCAUGUGCCCAUCUCCAAGAUCCUGGGGACUCUGCUGUUCAUCGCCAUCCCCAUAGCAGCAGGCGUUGUGAUCAAGUCCAAGCUCCCCAAGUUCUCCCAGCUGCUGCUGCAGGUCAUCAAGCCCUUCAGCUUUGUGCUCCUCCUGGGGGGCCUAUUCCUGGCCUACCGCAUGGGGGUCUUCAUCUUGGCAGGCGUCAGGCUACCCAUUGUACUGGUGGGACUCACAGUGCCCUUAGUUGGCCUCUUGGUGGGCCACUGCCUGGCCACGUGCCUGAAACUGCCAGUGGCCCAGCGGCGGACAGUAAGCAUCGAGGUAGGGGUGCAAAACAGUCUGCUGGCCUUAGCCAUGCUGCAGCUGUCCCUCCGCCGCCUUCAAGCUGACUAUGCCUCCCAGGCCCCCUUCAUUGUGGCACUGAGCGGCACCUCGGAGAUGCUGGCCUUGGUCAUUGGCCACUUCAUCUAUAGUAGCCUGUUCCCAGUUCCUUGAGGCCUCUGGCUCAAGCUUUCAUCAUCCCCCAGCCCUCACACUCCAC